AUGCUCCCAUUCAAAUACGUCCUCUGCCUCCUCCUUGGCACCUCGGCCGUCGUCUUCGCCGCCCCCGCCGCCCUGCCCGUCGCCAACCCCAUUCCGGCGCCCCGCGCCUCCCCAACGCCGUCCGCAGAGCCCGAGCCCUUCUGGUUCCUGAUCCCACGGUUGAUUGGCGCCAUCGCGCGGCCGAUUGCGAAAGCCGUGGCCAAGGGGGCGGCCAAGAAAGCCGCCAAGAAGGUGGCCCAGAAGGCGACACCGAAGAAUGUGGCAAAGACCGCGAACAAGGCCGUCAAGGGCGCGAACAAGGCGAACGAUGCGCAUCAGCAGAACAAGCAGAGGCAGCAGCAGAAGAAGAAGAAGGGGAAGAGGGCGGUUCUGAAGCCGGUGGCGAAGGGGGGGAGGACGGAGAAGUCGGAGCGGGGGCCGGAUAGGAGUGGGAGGAAGGGAGGGAAGUCGGAGAAGAAGAGGAAUUAG